UAACAAGGACCAUGCACGAACGUUGUCAAGUCCGAUAAGCGUUUCUCCUGCGUCAGUCUUUCCCAACAAAUGCCGUUCUGUACCUUCGCUGACUUCCGUCACUGAAUUAUCCAGGCGACCACGGUUAGGCCGUCAUGUUAUAGGAUAUAUCUCUCUAAAGAACGACGCGUGAAGUAGACCUCCCGUGUUAGCCGAAUUCGCGUUAGGAUACUUCCGCCUUAUACUAGAAUCGGCGAUUGAGUAGAUCGUCGAAUCGCGGGCCGAGUCCGCCGUCUAGAGCAAGCAGUUACUAACGAGUGCGCGAGAAUCAAUAUCGACUAGGGAAAGCACAAUCAAUCGCCGCAAAUGACUCGGGGAUUCUCGAGAAUUCGGCAUCGAACUCGGCACAGAAAUUCACAUUUUAAAACUCUCGAAGGGUGCACGUAGUCACCGGCGCGUAGACAGCACGGCCGCUUUCGAACGGUCUCGAUACAGUCCUCAUCAUUAAGAAAGUAUACAGGGUUGGAUAAUACGCAUCAGGCCUCGAGAUUGUCGAACGCUGCUGAACGCAAUGUCGGAAACGGAUGAGCUCACAGCGAAGACUGGCGGGUGGGGAGGAGCACACAAGCUAGCAGUUCCCUUCGACAGCGACGAGUGGAGUAACAGGGUUACCAGCAGCUUCAACGAAAUCACCCUCAGUGACGGCACCGGUGCCCGCGGCGGCGGCGGCAGAAGCGGCGCGGGAAGCGGCGUUAGAAGCGGCGCGGGAAGCGCGGCGAGCAGCCGACACAGCAGCAGCACGUUUAGCGGCAGGAGCGGCAGCAUAGCGUGGAGCGACGACUUUAGCGACUGCGGACUGUACGACCCGGCUAGCUAUCCCGAGACCCCUUCCUUUCACUCCGCCAUUGCGUCGUUCCAAACUGAACCGCCUCUUUCCGCCGCCGCCGCCGCCACCGCCGCCGACGACGACGCCGACCUUCCAGAUGGCGGUGUCUGCCGCGCCGCCGGCGAUGCGGCGAGUUUUCAAUGCGGCGCGUCUUCUCGGCGUGCUGGCCUGCCGCCGUCUGGCAUCUGCGAUCGCCACGUCAGCAGCAGCUGCGAGAUCCCCGGCGCGACGGAGGAGCACCGCAACGCUGCGUGUGAUAAUAUCGAGGGGAGCGGCCGUCGCGGCGGUGCGACGAGCUACGACACGGACGACGACGACGACGACGAGUGCGACAGUAACGAGAGCAGCGACAUCGUUGGUCGCGAGGUGAUCCGACGGUUCAACAGCAUCGGCCACGGAAUCGGCGGCGGGGGAUUAUCUACCAGCAGCCUGGGUAACAGAAUGAUGAUGCGGCAUGAUAAACACGUGGCCAUGGCUCCUCGUCCGAUGGGGUCCGGAGCAGCACCCAUGGGGAUAAUCAACGGUACGGGAAGUUAUUAUUACGGUGUAGGAUCUGGAAGGGGAGGGAAUCGGCCGGUUGCUACUGACGGGUCGGUUUCUAGCGGGGAUGACGUGGGGGACGGGUGCAGCGCGCCACAUCGGCGCGCUUUGAGCGUGGAUUUUCACCCGCCGCCCGUGUUCAUGCACUCCCCGCGCACGCCGCCAUUCGGCGGGGACGGCGGAGAUUGUUCCUCCCCGCUCUUCUCCCCUCAUAUCUCCCCGCGCAUGUCGCCCGCGCACUCGCCGCAUCGGCCUCCCUCCCAUCCUUGGUCGACUAGCCCGAGCGAAGCUUCCCCGCGCCCUCGAGAAGCUUCCGCUUGCCUUCCGUCAGAGCAAGCGGCUACAGAGGAGGAGGCAAGGGCGCACGCGGGAGAGGCGCUAGGGUCGAGGGUAGAAGAGCAAGGCCCGCAGCCCCAGCAGCAGCAGCAGCAGCAGCAGCAGGAGCAAGCGCAAGAGAAGCAAGACUCCAGUCAAGAAACUCUGUUGUUUAAAGGUCGGCACCAGCAACAUCCCCAGCAGCAGCAGCAGCUACAGCUGCAGCACAGGCGGCGGCCGCAGCUCCCACAGCAGCAGCACCUGAGGCUCGGGUCCGCCCGGUCCGGCAGCGCCGGGGCUACGGGCCAGCAUCGGCGGCACCGAUCCUAUGCAGACCACUCCGGUUCGGACCCAGCCCGGAGGUUCGGCAGCACCGGGAGCAUCGGGAGCAGCUGCCUCGGAAGCAGUAGCAACGGUGGUGGUGGUGGUGGAGGGGGGGAGACGGCAGUGGUAACACUGUAACCGCACGUAGCACCCUCCGAAGCCGUAGCUUCGGUGGUAACCACCACAGCAGCGCCAGCUUCGGCGGCAGCUUCGGCAGCCACGGGCUAAGCCACAGCCACAGCUGCGGCGUGGCUUUAAACCUCCCCCCUAGAAGCCCUCUUAAAUCCCCUGGUCAGCUUGCUAUGGCUCUGAGUGUGCCUGUGGGGUUGGAGUGCGGUGCAGGGGAGUUCAGUCCGGUGACAAGGUCACCCAGACCACCGAAAUCCCCGUUUUCUAAUGAUGCUGGGCCUUCUGUAUUCUCAGCUGAGAGGGUGGCGGUUAGCGGGAUUGCCGUGGCUGUUGAGUCGACUCAACGGCCGAUUCCCCUGCCCUCUGCUCCCGCUUCUGCUUCUGCAGCCCCUCCCAACCCCCCUGCUCCUGUUUCUGCUUUGGCUUCGCCUGCUGCUGGUCCGGAUGCUGCUGCUUCUGCUGCUACUGCCGCUGCUUCUGCUGCUGUCAAUGCGGCAGCUGCCGCCGCUGCAUUGCCAUCGCCUCCCGAUGCUGCUACAGCUGUCGAUCCUCAAGCCACGCCCUCGCAGCAAGCCGCAUUGCGGCUGCAUGAGGAUCAGAUCAAGCUGCUGCAGAGGCUGCAGCAGCAGCUGCAGCAACACCGGAUGCACCUGCAGCAGCAGCAGCAGCAGCAGCAGCAGGGGCAGCAAGGGCAACAAGGGCAGCAAGGGCAGCAGGGGCAGCAGCAGGAAGGGCCUGGGCAGGGGGAUUUGCAACAGCAGCUAAAGGAGGCUCUGCUGCGCAGAUUAGGGGAGAUCCAUGCGGCAACCAGUGCCACCAGUGCCAUUACCAGCAAUUCUGACGCCCGGGGGCUGCUCUAAGCGCCAGUGGUGGUGGUUUUCACAGGCGCCAUCUAAGCGCCAGUGUGGGAGUCACCAGCAGCGGCAGCAGCAUGCUGGUUGCUCCUGCCACUGCACGGGCCUCGAGUCAAUGUAUCCCCGCUGCAGCUGCUGCUGCUGCUGCAGGCAACCUUCCCACUGUGUGCCACUCUGCCUACCCAUCAGCAGCCGCUGCUUCAGAGGGUGCUGGGGCAUUUACACUGCAAAUGCAAGGCACGGGUCUAAGCUCUGCUGCUGCAGCAGCAGCAGCAGGUGCUGCUCCUGUUUCCCCAGUCCUCAACCCCCCUCCAUGCACCGUUGCGCCUCUCUAGACGCCCACUCUCAGCAGUUUUUCAAAACCCUCAGCACCUAUAU